AUGGAGUUCCAUCUUCACGAUGAGGCCCUUCCAGCCUCAACAGCACCGACCGAAUACGGAGACCAAUCUGGCGAAGAGUUCGAAGCAUAUAGCGGAAAGCCAACCCUCGGUGUCCCAGAUAACAAUGUCCGUGAAGCUACCAGUGCGGAAACCCUUGCCGUCCACGGUAGCCCACAUAUUACGCCUCCUCCCGGUAGAGAUGCGGAAUGGAGCAUGACAGAUCAGGUUAUUCGGAACAAGGAGCGUUCAGAAGCGGCAGGGUACAAAAAGCGUGAGCUGGGCGUGACAUGGCAGAACCUCACCGUUGAAGUUCUGGCAGCCGAGGCUGCAGUCAAGGAAAACCAGUUCACUCAGUAUAAUAUCAUUCAGCUUAUUCAGGACUGGCGCCGAAAGCCACCCCUCAAAGCCAUCUUGCAGGACAGCCAUGGCUGCGUUAAACCAGGUGAAAUGUUGCUGGUUUUGGGUCGGCCGGGAUCGGGAUGCACUACGCUUCUUAAGAUGCUGGCUAAUAGGCGCGAGGGAUACCACUCUGUCCACGGUGAUGUGUCCUUUGGAAACAUGAAUUCGGAGGAAGCAGCCCAUUACCGGGGCCAGAUUGUCAUGAAUACUGAGGAGGAGCUUUUUUAUCCUCGUCUAACCGUUGGCCAAACCAUGGAUUUUGCAACUAAACUCAAGGUCCCGGCGCAUCUCCCCGCUGAAACCAAAUCAGUGCACGAUUAUGUUGCCGAGACGAAACAGUUUUUAUUAGAAUCCAUGAAGAUUGCACACACUGCCGAUACUAAGGUGGGCAAUGAAUUUGUCCGCGGUGUUUCUGGUGGUGAGAGAAAAAGAGUUUCUAUUAUCGAAUGCAUGGCCACCAAUGGCUCUAUUUUCACCUGGGACAACAGCACCCGCGGCCUUGAUGCAAGCACAGCCUUGGAGUGGGCUAAAGCCCUCAGAGCAAUGACCAAUGUAAUGGGGAUUACCACUAUCGUGACCCUCUAUCAGGCUGGAAACGGUAUCUACAACCUGUUUGAUAAGGUCCUAGUGCUGGACGAAGGAAAACAGAUCUACUAUGGCCCAGCUGCCUCUGCCAAGCCGUUCAUGGAAGAUCUGGGCUUCGUGUACUCCGAUGGCGCCAAUGUUGGUGACUACUUGACCGGUGUGACUGUCCCGACCGAGCGAAAGAUCCGACCCGGAUUUGAAAACAGAUUCCCAAAGAAUGCCGAGGCAAUUCUGGCAGAAUACCAGCGAUCCACGCUAUACCAGACUAUGACUAGGGAGUAUGAUUAUCCCAGCUCGGACGCUGCCCGACAGCGAACGGAAGAGUUUAAGGAGUCUGUGGCCUGGGAAAAAGCAAAGCACCUCCCUAAUAGUAGCACACUCACCGUUGGCUUUUGGGAUCAGCUCAUUGCUUGUACCAUUCGCCAAUAUCAGAUCUUGUGGGGUGAGAAGUCUACCUUCCUCAUAAAACAGGUGCUAUCGGUUGCUAUGGCUCUAAUCGCUGGAUCUUGCUUCUACAACUCCCCUGAUACAACCGCUGGUUUAUUCACAAAGGGUGGUGCUGUCUUCUUUGCGCUCUUGUACAACUGUAUCGUUGCCAUGUCUGAAGUCACCGAAUCCUUCAAAGGUCGUCCUGUGUUAAUUAAGCACAAGUCUUUCGCCAUGUAUCACCCAUCCGCCUUCUGCCUCGCGCAGAUUACUGCCGAUCUUCCUGUCCUUCUGGUGCAAUGCACGCUGUUCGCCGUUGUCAUCUACUGGAUGACGGGUUUGAAGCAUACUGCUGCCGCUUUCUUCACCUUCUGGGCCAUCUUAUUUACCACAACGUUGUGUAUCACAGCCCUGUUCAGAUGUAUUGGCGCUGGAUUCAGCACAUUCGAAGCUGCGUCGAAGAUCUCAGGCACCGCCGUCAAGGGCAUUGUCAUGUAUGCCGGUUAUAUGAUUCCCAAAGGACACAUCAAAAACUGGUUCCUUGAGUUGUACUAUACCAACCCAUUUGCCUACGCGUUCCAAGCUGCUCUAUCAAACGAAUUCCACGGGCAAACUAUUCCCUGUGUUGGAAAUAACCUUGUGCCCAGUGGACCGGGAUACGAGAAUGUCAGCUCUGCAAACAAGGCUUGUACAGGCGUGGGAGGUGCGCUUCCUGGGGCUGACUACGUGACUGGCGACCAAUAUCUCCUUUCCCUUCACUAUAAGCAUUCGCAAAUGUGGAGAAACUAUGGCGUCCUUUGGGGCUGGUGGGGAUUCUUCGCCGUGUUGACUGUUAUUUGUACUUGUUUCUGGAAGGGUGGAGCCGCCGCCGGAGCCUCUCUCCUUAUACCCCGGGAGAAGCUCAAGGCGCAUCGUGCCCAUCUGGAUGCAGAGGCGCAGAAAGAGAAAGAUCCCGCACGCGAAAAAGGCUCUGGCGAUGCGCUGACCUCUGCCGAUGAAGGAAAUCUGACCCACAAUACGUCUAUAUUCACCUGGAAGAACCUUACCUACACGGUUAAUACGCCCACUGGCGAGAGGGUUCUACUAGACAAUAUUCAUGGAUGGGUCAAGCCUGGAAUGUUAGGCGCUUUGAUGGGGUCUUCUGGUGCAGGCAAAACGACAUUACUUGACGUUCUCGCUCAGCGCAAAACUGAAGGCACAAUCAAGGGCUCGAUACUGGUUGAUGGUCGUGAGUUGCCCGUGUCAUUCCAAAGAAUGGCAGGGUACUGCGAACAAUUGGAUGUUCAUGAGCCAUACGCAACUGUCCGAGAGGCAUUGGAAUUCUCUGCACUACUAAGACAAUCCAGAGAUACCCCCAGAGAAGAAAAGCUCAAGUACGUUGAUACGAUUAUUGAUCUACUUGAGCUUCACGACCUGGCAGAUACCUUGAUCGGAACAGUCGGCAAUGGGCUUAGUGUUGAGCAGAGAAAGCGUGUCACUAUCGGAGUGGAGCUGGUAUCGAAGCCCAGUAUCCUAAUUUUCUUAGACGAACCCACAUCUGGUUUGGAUGGACAAUCGGCCUACAACACAGUCAGAUUCCUUCGGAAGCUUGCAGACGUCGGCCAAGCUGUGCUAGUAACGAUUCAUCAGCCCUCCGCUCAGCUUUUCGCUCAAUUCGAUACUCUACUCCUGCUUGCCAGGGGCGGAAAGACAGUGUAUUUCGGCGACAUUGGUGACAACGGCGCAGCAAUCAAACAAUACUUUGGCAAGUACGGUGCUUCAUGUCCUAUUGAGGCGAAUCCUGCCGAGUUCAUGAUUGAUGUGGUGACCGGAGGUAUCGAAGAGGUGAAAGAUAAAGACUGGCAUCAGAUCUGGCUUGAAUCCCCUGAACAUGAACACAUGAUGGUCGAGCUUGAUCAGUUGAUUUCUGAUGCCGCUGCGAAACCCCCUGGAACUCACGACGAUGGCUAUGAAUUCUCGAUGCCCUUGUGGGAUCAAGUUAAGAUUGUCACCCACCGCAUGAAUGUCGCCUUAUUUCGGAACACCAACUACGUUAAUAACAAGUUCUCAUUGCACAUUAUUUCUGCCCUGCUUAACGGAUUCUCCUUCUGGCACACCGGUCCCAGUGUAUCGGCUCUGAACUUGAAGAUGUUCACAAUCUUCAACUUCGUAUUCGUUGCGCCUGGUGUUAUCAACCAACUUCAGCCAUUGUUUAUCCAGCGCCGUGAUAUUUACGAUGCUCGUGAAAAGAAGUCUAAGAUGUAUUCAUGGGUUGCCUUCGUUACUGGAUUGAUUGUCUCCGAAUUUCCUUAUCUUUGUGUCUGCGCUGUUCUCUAUUUUGCCUGCUGGUAUUACUGUGUAAGAUUGCCUCAUGACUCCAACCGGUCUGGUGCCACGUUUUUCAUCAUGCUCAUCUAUGAGUUUAUCUAUACCGGCAUUGGCCAGUUCGUUGCAGCCUAUGCGCCCAACCCGACCUUUGCCGCGCUUGUCAACCCUCUGAUUAUCAGCACACUGACAUUGAUGUGUGGUAUCUUUGUGCCUUACAGCCAAUUAACCGUGUUCUGGAGAUACUGGAUGUACUACCUGAACCCGUUCAACUAUGUUACCUCGGGAAUGUUAGUGUUCGGCAUGUGGGGCGCAAAGGUGACCUGCAACGAGGACGAAUUUGCGAUCUUUGACCCAGUCAACGGCACCUGCGGCGAUUAUCUUGCCGACUACAUGGCCGGUAGUGGCUCGAGGAUCAACCUGACCAAUCCUGACGCUACAUCGGGGUGCAGGGUCUGCGAAUACCGCAGUGGUAGUGACUUCCUGACCACGCUCAACAUCAACCACUACUACUACGGAUGGAGAGACGCCGGAAUCUGCGUUAUCUUCGCGAUCAGUGGAUACGCUUUGGUCUUUGCGUUGAUGAAGCUGAGGACCAAGGCUUCGAAGAAGGCUGAAUAG